AUGUGUUAUAUUCUAAUCGAACGUGGCGAUACCCUACCGCAACAAGUCUGCAUAACAUGUGCCAAAAACACCAUAUCGGCCUGUCUAUUCAAAAAGAAAUGUGAAGAUGCCGAUAAUUUCUUCAGACAACAACUCUUAAUACGUAAAAUAGAAAGUAAAUCAGAUCAAACUAAUACCCUAGAAUCGGAGGAAGAUGAUGAAGUUGAAGAACAUGAAAUAACAAAUGGACAACAUCAUAAAAAUUCCCCACAUAAAAGUGACGUGGAAGAGGAACCAGAAUUAGAUGAACAAAUUUAUAAACAUCAUCUACAAAGACAAAUAAAUGGCGAUCAUAGAUUAGAUCAAGAUAAUGGUGAUCAUAAUGAACAUGAAGAAGAUGAUGAUCGCCAACAUCAUAAUGAUCUGGUAGAAGAUGAUGGUGAAAUAAAAAGUGCCAAUGGACAAAAACCUGCAUUUGAUUUUAACUCAAUACGUUUGAUGCAUGAGUAUAUGCAACAGCAUUUAAGUAAAUUAAACGGUAUCCAGGCUAAUGGUGCAAGUGAUGAUGAGGCUGGCGAAGGCACAGGUAGUGAUACCGAUCAAGAUGAUGAGGAUGAAGAUGGACCGCUGCCAUUAAUACCGGAAAUUGAAUUAAUAACACCAUCAGAAGAUGGAGGCGCAGGCGCUACACUUACUAAUGGUGGUUCAGUAUCAGCGACAGAUGCUGCAGCUGGUAUGACACACAUGCGUGGUUAUCAAUGUCCUCAUUGCUUUCAAAUUUUCGAAAUGAAACAAGUUCUUAAGGCUCACAUGCAAAGUGUACACGGCACUUCGGGACCCGUCUAUGAGUGUACGAAUUGUAAGAAGACCUACUUUUAUAAACGUUUCCUGGAGAAACAUAUAAGGCGAGGCCGUUGUGUUAAGAAGAGACGUAAUCAAACGCGCCCUAUGCAAUGUUCCGACUGCAAUGUUUUAUUCCCCACCGGUCACCAUCUGGGCUGGCAUAAACGUACUGGCUGUCCUUCGAAAACGGCGAAAAUGGCCUUGCCCCCACUUUUCCCCCAACAUAUCGUGCAAUAUAACAAUUUCCCCAGACGCAUUGGCAUACGCAAACCGGAAAAUGCUAUUUAUCUCCAUAACAGAAAAAUUAUCAUGGCCAACAACAAACGCAAGGGACGCACUCGCAUCAAGUUAGAUGCGAAGAAAAUUGCCUUGGCCAAACAAUUGAUACUAAGGGAAGCCACCACCACUGUUAUUGCUAAUGAAUUGAAUAUAUCACGGACAUUUGCCUGGCGUUUGCGUAAAAGUCUUGUCAAUGGCGUCAGUUUGCAUGAGCGUGUCAUUGAUCCUCCGGAAGAUGAAGAAGAGGAUAAUGAUAACAAUGAAACUGAAAUGCCCGAUAAUGGACUCGACACAUUAGCAAUAGAAAAAACCCGAAAAUCAUUAAAUCAUCAGCCCUUUACCGAACACAUCAAACGUGAACGGCCAGCUACCGAAGAUGAAGAGGAAGAUGAUAUUAAUGAUAAUAAUCAAGAAACAGAUAAUGAGGAACAACACCAUCACCAACAGCAACUGGAGCAACAUCACCUGGAACUACAACAACAGCAACAAGAACAAUUAUUAAGAGAAAGUAAUAAUUUUAGUAAUGCCACUUCAGUAAUACAACGAACAAAUGAAUUGAAAUUAAAUAAUGCUCAGCAGCAAACACAACAACAACAACAUUUAUCAACUGCAACAACAAACGCCAUAUUAGAACAACAUAAAUUGCACAAUAAAAUAUCUGUAGUACAACAACAAAGACUUAUGGAAAUUAAUAAAAAUGCUCACCUUAAUAAUAACAAUGAUGACGCUAGCGAUUCGGACAGUGAUAAUGAUGAUGAUGAUCAUCAUCAAUAUCAACGUUCUCAUCAGACACACGAACAACAAAUACAACAAGAGACUGAACAUGUAAAUAGUCAACAACAACAACAACAAUCUUUAUAUUUACAAAAAUCAAUUAAUUUAAAAGAUACUGAAGAUGCUCCUUCAAAUCCCUUGGGCAAUGCUAAAAAAUUGCCUCUAUUAAAUCAGAUAUCACCAGCUGUAGCAGCUGCUAUUCAUCAAUUACCUGUCAAUCUUUCAAUACGUCCCAUUGCUUCUAUGCAGAAUAGUGAAACAUCAUCGAACAACCUCAGUGGUUCCAAGAAGAAACCCCGCAAACCCAACGUUUUCAUAGACGAUGAAAAAUAUGCCAUGGCCAAAAUGUUGGUGGCACAAAAUGCCUCAACUAUGGAAAUAGCCAAGGCCCUUAAUGUCUCACAAAUGACUGCUUGGAAAUUAAGAGAUGCCAUAAUAAAGGGAGUACCGCUAUCAUAUCGCAAUAGACGUGAUAUUCGCAUGACCAUGAUGAGACACGAUGAAGACACGGGCAGCGUAUUAAGUGAAGGUAGUGAUACAAGACGAGAAACGGAUACAGAAAGACAGCAACAGGCCCUACUGGUGCAGCAGCAAUUGGACCACCAACAGAAAUUGCAGCAACAACAUUUACAACAGCAACAACAAAUCCAACAACUGCUACAAAGACAACAACAGUUGCAACAGCAGCAACAACAACUGGAACAGCAAAAAUACAAACGCCAACAGGAAAGAGAACUUGAACAGCAACAACAACAACUACUGCAAAAGCAACAAAAACAAUUGCAACAACAAACAACCACCCAACAACAACCCAACCACCCUGAACAAAAACACUCUAAUCCCAGACGUCGCCUUAAGGCCGCCGAACGUGAAGUACGCGAUAAAGAAAUUACUCGCGAAAUUUUAGAACUAAUUAAAGAAGAUAACAAUAUACAAUACUGGAAAGUAUCGGCUCGCUUGGCCGAAAAAGGUUAUGCUAUAUCACCUUCUUCUGUAUGUCAAAAACUAAAAUCUAUGGGUAUACACAGGCGCUGGAAGCCGGGUGAUAAACCCCCUCUCAUCGAUAUGGAACAACUUAAAGGCGCUAGCAGUGCCAAUCAUAUCAACAAUAACAACAACAACAGCAGUAUAGCAGCUUUAGCUACUGCGGCAGCUAAUGCACAGAAUGCAUCAUCAUCGGCCGAUGAAAGUUAUGAGCAGCAAUUCGAUAUGAGUGGUGCUCAUUUCUUGAGUGCCUUUACUACACGUUAGAAAGGAAAUAACAACAAUAAGAAUUGACUUUAGUAUAAACUAUAGUUAAGACUACUUCUCUUGAUAGUCUAGCUUUAGUCUAAAUUAUUGUCUUGACUAAAGUCUACACUAUUGCCUUGACUAUAAUCUAGACUAUUGUCGUAGCUAUUUUACUGACUAUAGUCUAGACUAUUAUACUGAUUACAGUCUAGACUAUGUCCUGACUAUAGACUAAACUAUUGCCCUGACUAAAGACUAGACUAUUGUUCUGACUAUAGUCUGGACUUAAAUAUUAAAUAGUAUAGACUAUUGCCUUGACUAUAUUCUAGACUAUUGUUCUGACUAUAGUCUAGACUUUUGUCCAGACUAUAGUCUAGACUCUUGUCCUGACUAUAGUCUAGACUCUUGUCCUGAAUAUAGUCUAGACUCUUGUCCUUACUAUAGUCAAGACUCAUGCCCUGACUAUACUCUAGACACUUGUCCUGACUAUAGUCUAGACUAUUGUCCUGAAUAUAGUCUAGACUAUUAUCCUCACUACAAUCUAGAUUAUUAUUCUGACUAUAGUCUAGACUCUUGUCUUGAAUAUAAUCUAGACAAUUGUUCUGACUAUAGUCUAGACUAUUGUCCUGACUAUAGUCUGUACCAUUGUCCUGACUAUAGUCUAGACUAUUGUCCUGAAUAUAGUCUAGACUAUUGUCCUGAAUAUUGUCCUGACUAUAUUUUAGAUAUUGUCCUGACUAUAUUUUAGACUAUUGUCCUGACUAUAGUCUAGACUCUUGUCCUAACUAUAGUCUAGGCUCUUGUCCUGACUAUAGUCUGGACUAUUAUCCUGACUAUAGUUUAGACCAUUGUCCUGACUAUAGUU